AUGGCCUCAGAUUGGCUCAUGCAUGGGUCGUUUCAAGGUAUACACGAGAUCCCUGUCUAUAUGCGGUUCGUCAUCCCCAUGAGCAAUGCUCGCGACCGGAAGGGCUAUGCGCAUGUCGGUGUGGAUGGUGGGAGAGGCGAAGGAAGCGAGCGGCGCCAUGACAUGAACGACAGCGGCAAUGAGGUCGGCCCUCGAUUGAAGGUAGGCCCGCUAGACUCGGGAGCGACCCACGGCUCGAUAGCGACAGCUUCUUGGCACCUGUUUUCCCCUAGGGACGUGCCUGUGAUCUGCCCGCCCCCGAACCUCGCAUUCAUCUCAUCUCUCGACUGCAGCAGCGGGUUGAGGGCGAGUGUUGCUGGUGGCGCAUCGCAUUCGCGAUACACAUGCAAGCCAUCCUCCUCAACGAACAUUAGUCGACCAGCAAGCUCAACACCAAGCGGUCCUUCACGUGACCAUGACAAAGAAUGGCGCAAGACUAGGCAAUAA